CAACGACGAAGAAGAGCGUCGGUGUUUGGCAGCUAUGACAACGAACUUUGAAAGUUGUCUGAAUGGCUUCUCUGAAGAAGAAGAAGUUUUCCUCCUCUAAAGUUCGCCAGAAGUCUCUGAAGUGUAAAGUUCAGCUGGACAUUCACACGGUCACAUGUCCAGGAGAGCUGCUGUCUAGAAAGCACAAGAUCUACCUGAGCGUGUGUAUCAUGGGCCAGUACAGGAAGACUCCCUGUCUGCCUCCUGUCUUCCCUUUGCUCUUUCACCACAAAAUGGUGUUUGUCAAGACUUUCCCUGGUGUUGUUGACCCUGCUGAUGUAGCUGACCUCCUCGAAGCUGACACAACAUCUUUUGAGCUGAUUCAGUUGGUGCCUCCAGGGGGUGAGAUCCUCGCCACAAUGGAGGAAAGCAGCAGAGAUUUCUUGUACCCUGGUCCCAGACUGAACUCAGGAGAACGAGCGGCAGAGAGAGAAAUACUGAUGAAGAAGUCCUCAUUCUUUCCUGGAAUCUCCCCCAAAGUGGAGUUUACAACGACAUCAGUCAUAGAGGAGAGUGAUGGGAGAGAAGGCUGGCCGGCCUCGUCUAGCUGCUGUCUUUCUCCCGUGAAGCCAUCUUUAACCCUGUCCAGUCAAAGCUCAGAGAAGAAGUCUUCACCGUCCAGGCAUUUCUCCAAGACGGAUGAUGGGAACCACGUCUCUCUGAGAGGUGGAAAAGAAAAGCUAAAUAUUGAGGCGAACGUUACAAACUCUGCACUGCCAUCAUCAUCAUCCAGACAUCAUCCUCCUCCUUUUUCAUCCCCACCCGGCCACAGUCACCAGAAAAACAAGAAGGAAAGAAAACAAGCUUCUGUCGACUGUGGCUACCAGCAGCCCACGGUUUCCUCAAGGACUCGAGCCCUGUCCCCUUACACUCACCGCAAGAUGUGCCAGCUCUCAGAGGACGCCAGGCAGAGGCUCAGCCACCUCCAGCUGGGGCCUCACCACUUCAGGAAGGAGACUGAGAGCCAGCCUCCCUUUUUGGUCUCUUGUUGCAGUAGUGACUCAGUGGUGGGAACUCCAUCCUCCUCCCCCCACAGUAGCAGCAUGCGUCGACGCUCUCUUUGCUUCUCAGUUAAUCAAACAGAUUCUUCCCUCCUGGGUAGUUACAGACCAAGAACAGCCAGAGUGAAGUCAGGAUCUGUGAGGGCACAGUUGUCUCCAGAGACACGGUCCAGACAUGAAGCCCAGACCAAAAACUCUGUGAUAGAUUCUGAUCCCGCUCAAUCUACCCUGGCUACGCCAAUUUCCGGACGUCCUCUGGAUCUCAGCAACCGUUCCAUCAGAGAAAGGCUCCAGACCAGUCAGCCCAGUCCAUCCCACUGGGAGGAGAUCCACAGCCGAGUCCAGAGGAUCCUGCAGACACACAGAACAACCUGGGACCACCGAGUGAACUUCGACCUUUAAGCCUCUGAUCUAAAAGUAACUGAAUCAUUUAAAGUAUAAAGAUUUCUCACUGUUACAAUCGCUAUCAGCCUCUUCCGGCUGCACACACCAGUUGAUGCAACACUAAUGCACUUUUUAAGGCUAAAGACUCAUGACUCACUCAUUUAUCUUUGUCUCAGCUCGAUGUUCAUUUACAUUUAAAACCUUUCCAGGCACCUGCUGAACAGUUUUUGUCAUCAUUACGGUUAGACAAGUGAUGUUCAACUGUGUGUAGCAGCUCCUCUUCCCUCCCACCCGUCAGCUGGGCUGUUUUAAAACAGGUGGAGGGGGAACAUGGUGGAUGUAAGCUGCAGCUGUUGAGAGAUCAUCCCUCGAAACACAAAAGAGAAACAAAGAGGAAGCCAAGAGCCACUGUAGAGAUUUAAGGGAGAGAGGAACAAGACUAGAAUUCUGAACGAAAGACACAAUAAAAUUAAGCCUUAAACAUAAAGCAAGUCAGAUCCAGUGUCACGCUGAAACAUGUUAAAUAUUGUAAAAUUAAAUCUGUAUGUAGUUUGAGUACACCGGCUCCUGGCACAGAGGUUGUUCCUACUGUAACAUGUCAGAAUGUGGAAAACGAGAAUUACCACCCUGCUGUUGUUUCGCUCAAGCAACCAGUGCAGUUUCAGUCCCUCCAGGGGUUCCCAACAUAUUGCAUUCAUAGUAAUAAACUGGAUACACUGUGACCUUGACCCCUGACAUCAGUUAAUCCAUGAGUCUAAAUGAACAUUUGUGCCAAAUUUGAAAGGAUUCUCUCAAGGCAUUCUUAAGAUAACAUGUUAAAAAGGCAAAAAAGGGAUUUGUAAGGUCACAGUGACCUUUGACCUUUGAAUCUGAGUGGAAUUUGUACCAAAUUCAAAGAAAUCCCCUCAAGGUGUUGUAGAGAUAACUUUUUCACAAGAAUGGAACAGACGGAUGGCCACUGGCUGUCGCCGGAGCAGAGGCACAAAACCCCAUGUGACAGUAUUAAACAAAGGAGCUCGCAUCUAUUAUCACUGUUAGAUAAAUGAAGUGCAGCUGUGUUCUUAGAUUCAUUUGAUAUUAAGUGAAGGAAAUGUUUUAUAUUUACAGAAGGUGAUUACACUGAAUGAUCUGGUUUCCUUCAAUGCAGCUGGUACAUUUAACUUAAUGCGCAAAGGAUCUGAUUAAUGGUCAAACUGUUUGUGUAUUCCUCAUAUUGAUGGAUACCUAACUAUUGUCAGAGCUGGACUGAUGAUUUCUGCACUGCUUUUCCUGUAAAAUAGCUAAUGAUAUAAAUCUCUGGCUUGUUGUUGCAGUGACAGUAACAUUUUAUUAAAGUGGGCAUUUUUAUAAAGGUCAUUUUAAUUGAUCAUGGGCAGAGCAGUUUUCUGAACAGGUCUCCCUGUUGAAUAAACUUCAGAUUUCACUGAUUUGAUGAUAAAAUGCACUCUCUACUGCUGUUAAAACAUUUUGUUGAAUUGAUGCAUUUCAGUAAAAUUCUGGCCAAUAAUGCAGUUAUUCUUUUUAACACUGUUUCUGGAACAUGUUUCACCAUCUGUAUCACCAGACUUCAGUUUGUAUUUUCAAAUGCAGGUAGCAUAUUGUCAAUUUAAAAAUUCCUAUAAAAUCCUUUAUUUGAAGUUGUUUUUAAUGUUUAGUUAUUGCUCAGUAUUAAUA